AUGAUAGCUGAGGAAAUUACUCGCCUCACGCGCGAGGUUGAACGCGUCGUGACAGCCCCUUAUAUCCCCUCCCUCCAGGAUUUGUACAGUCUGGUCCAGACCAGCUCUUCUUCAACUUUGCAGUUUUGGGCUCUCCACAAACCCUGCCAAGUGAACCUGUUAGCCGACGUGCUCUCAGAAAGCCUGUCUCGAUCGCGUGUCGCGCUCCCACUGCUCGCGGCUUUUGCACAUAUUACCACUUUCAGAGACGUCUUGUUAGAUCGCCGGUCGGUUCUUUUGGAUGCGUUCCUGGAGCAAGCUCUCGUUGCCGGAGCAUCUGAGUAUCAUCUAGCAUGCAUUGCAUUGCUCUCUUCGCCUCUUACGUUGGGCUUUGUGCUCCCUGCUCGACUCGCCGACUUUAUCACGAAGCUAGUAUCUACCGUGGCCGCUAACCCCGGGGCUGAGACCAUAGCACCCUUGCAUGCCUUGAUGACUGGGCUUCAAAGAUCGCCCAACUUCAUCUACGAGGUCCCAACAGAGGUCUUAUCGAACCUGCAGCUGGAGUUAACUAAGACACUGCGCAAUCUGGACGACCACAUGGGAAACCUCUUGGGUUUGGCAACUUUCGCGCAGAUAUCAAUGACCCACCGAAAACAACUUGCCCAGCAUCAUGGAAUAGGCACUCCGUCUUGGCUUCUCAACAUCCAGCAUUUCUUUGGCCCAAAACGGGGCAUGAAGACAUUAGAUCUAGUCGUUCUGCGAGUCAUCCUGGCUUGUUCCUCGAACUGCAAUAAUCUCACCCCGGCUCAAGCUGCUGAAAGUAUUCGUCUUGCAAUCUCCAUCGCCGAUGCUGUUGAGCCAGAUCAGAAGCAGUCAUGGCUGUCGGGAAGCUCUUCCAAGAUUGCUAAGCUAUGCGAGAAGGUAGCCAGGGAGAAUCUACAUAGAGAGGUACAGGUUAUGGGCGUAACCUUUUUGCUUUCUCUGCAGCCCUUGAAAGCCUUGCCAUCUCAUAUCGGGGAUCUGGGCCUCCGCCUGCUUGUCUCCAAGGACAGCAGAGCAAUCUUGGGAGCCAUGUCACCUGAGCUUGUCUCACGCCUAACAGAUUCAUUGGUGGGCUACGACGAGUCUGUCGUGUAUGAACUUCUACGUUUCACCGCGGACGCUCUGAAAGAGGAGGGCGUUGGUCGCGAUUCCAUGGUCAAUCUCCAUGUUUCAGAUAUCCUGCUCACUGGAUUCCAGGCCAAUCUGUCCCGACCUAUCAUUACGUCCUUGUUGAACUCGGCUUCUACCAAACAUACCAUAGCUGGCCUUUUCGGAAAGUAUCCUGUAGUCCCUGCUCAAUUGCAAUGCCAGGACUCACAGAUCUGCCACUGUGCCUACAGCGGCUUGCAGAAUAAGGUCUUGCUCAGUCUAUUCGAGAUUUACUUCGUUGCAGCUCUGUCACAUAAUGGGGAUGCAGCUGACAUUGCUAUAAUUAAAUCCCUCCUACAGCGGACUGCCAAGUCGCUCGGCCCUACCAGCUGUACUUUCGCGCAAUCUGAGCACGACGCCUUCCGCAGCUCGCUGUAUCUGCGCAACAGGCAGGAUUUCACUACAAAGCGCCAGCCGAUCCGAGAUUGGCGCGCUAGUAUUACUGAAAUGCAUAUGCAAAAUGCCGAGGCAUCUCACAGUGCCAUUAUGAAGAAGGUCGAGGACAUUUGCUUUGAUCUCGAAAAUCGCUGUUACGACAUUGAAGGCCCUGUACGGUCCGCCGAGGAAGAGCGGGACAGACAAAAAUAUGAAGCCGAGAAGUUGCAACAGCGAAACGAGGACUUGACCAAACAACUGGACCAAUCCACACAGGAUAUUGUCACUCUCCAACAAGACCUGGCCAGACUUGAAGAACAUGCUGGCAUCGCAAGCACACGUGCCGAAGAACUGUCGGAAGCGCUUGAGUUGGCUCGGCAAGAAUUGAGUGAGCAACAGAAUCGCGCAGAAGAUGCAUUCCGAGUUGAGCAAGACCGGGCUCGGAGCAGAGAACUCGAGUUGAUUGCGACAUCUACCGAGAAGGAUGAUCAACUAGAGGAGCUACAGGAGUCAGUACGACAGCUCAAGUCACAGAAGGAACACCUCGAGCAGGUAGUGCAGACAUCCUCUCAUGAGAGGGCUACCUCUGCCGAAGCAACGGAAGCCUUGGGGCAUGAAAUUGCUGAAUUGAGGAAUCUGUUGGAAGCAAAGUCAUCACUGUGCAGCCAAAAAGAAGAUGAAGUCAAACGUCUGCUAGAAGCAAAUAAUGGUCUGCAGGUGGAGCUUGGCACUGCUCAAACAAUGGUGGAAGAUCAAACUCGGGAAAUUGAACAGCUCUACUCGAAAUUGCAAGAAGCUGAGGAACAAGCAAAGGCCGAUAUAAUAAGCCUGAAUCAUGACAGGGAAACAGAAAUUGCCAAAAUUGCUUCUGAAGUGACAAAACAAAAGGAAGGGAACGAGCUUCUACAGGAAGCCAUGCAAAGAGCCGCAAGCGAUGCGUCCAAAGAACUACAGUCUAAGGAUAAGCGCAUCCACCAGUUGGAGAAAAAGAUCCAAUCCCUCCGUGAUGAGAGAGCAGCGAAGGCUAGGGAGUUUUCAGAAGCCCAGCAACAUAUCGGCCGGCUCAUGAAUGUAAUGGGCUUCUCUGCAAAAACAACUGACAAGAGCUCCAGCAAGCCUCAACGCAGCAGAGACCCCGAUAUCGCCCCGACUCCUAGCCGCCGACAGUCAACCACAUAUUACGACGACGAUGAUGAUAUACAUUUUGCAGAGUCUUUUGAAUCUCUGGCAUCCAAUCUGCAGGGUCCAACACCAAAACGCCCCAAGGGUAACGGUCGCUCAAUGCACCCUUUGCAAGCACCCGUCCCGAAGACCCCUGCAGUCGGCAGCUCAAUGAGCAAGGCAAAUGUCCCCAAAACAUGCCCCAGGCAGCCUUUGAUUGACGCUGGCACUAAUAGUCCCGUUAAAUCACAAGUAAGUCCUGGUUCUAAGGGCAGUCAGUAUGAUACUGCUGCUGCUGCUUCGCCUAGUAACAUGGGUGAAAAUCGACUGCAGGAUCUGGAUUUGGACAUGGAUCUGGAGUUCUCGAAGGACUUUAUUUUUACCAGUACGGCUUUUUCUGCGUCAAAUAAUUAG